AUAAUCAGUCAGUACGACGCCAAACAGAGCCAAGAGAUAAUAUCGCACAUACUGACCAAAUCCGUUUCUAGUAACUUUAAUGCUUUAAAUAAAACAACAUGCAGUGUCAAUAACUUGAAAAAACCCCGAGGAAAGCACUGCAAUGUUUUCAAGAUUAUGAUGAACUCCAUGAGUCGUAAAUUCAAACACAAGAAUUCUGGACACAACCUAAAAAAGCCUAAUGAUGUAAUAGUAUUACACGUGCCCAAAAAAUUUAGCAAUAUUUCAGUUGAGGCCACAACGACUAGAAGAUUUAUUACGCCGACAUCUGUAACAGCUACAACACCAGCCUCAGAAAGAAAAGAAGAAAAAAAGAAAUUAAAAGAAAAACCAGCGAAAUUUCAACCCCUCAAAAUAAGAGACUCACUCUCAGAAAAAAUGAUUUACAUCAAUCGUUUAACGAAACCACCGAACAAACUUUGUGGUCGUGGAGAGGUUUUCGUGCAUAACCAAAAAUAGGCUGUAUUGAAGCUCAAGGAAUCUGGACGAGUACGGCACGUGGGAGUGUCAAACAUGAACGAGAAACAACUUCGGCGUUUGUGUGGUGUGGCCCGACCAGCUUGCCUGCAGAUAGAGGUUCAUGCACUUUGCCAGCAACCCAGGCUGCUUGCCGCCGCCAGACAACUGGCCAUCCCCGUCAUCGCGUACUCACCACUCGGCUCUAAAAUGUUGGCAGAAGUACUCGCUUCUAAGACUGGUCGCGAGUAUCCAGAUUUACUGCAACUGCCUGUGGUGCAGCGCAUCGCAGCAAAACAUUCACGUACUCCGGCACAGAUACUACUGCGUCACACACUGCAGCGCGGCGUCGCCGUCAUACCCAAAAGCACCGACCCCAAUCGUAUCAAACAGAAUAUUUCGGUAUGGGAUUUUGAACUAAGCGAAAGCGAGAUGUCGGAGCUGGGUGCCUUGGACCGAGGCGAGGCCGGUCGCAUUUGUGACUUCUCGUUCUUCGUCGGCAUGAAUUCUCAUCCCGAGUUUCCCUUUAAGAAAUAACCUAACC